UUCUAUUUUAACACGCAGACCAGACGAUUUGAUUAAAACAACCGUCAACCGAAAUUUCUACAGACCAACAACAAUCAGACGGAAUACGACGACUUGGAGACUGAUAGAAAAACAAUUAAGCACAACAAUAGCAACAAACAUCAACAACAACAAUAAGUAUAAAGUCAAAUGGAAAAGUGAUAAGAACACAAAUAAGAAGAAGAUUGUUAUUCUUCAGAUGAAAAUUCAUUUAAGUUCUUUAACUGAAUGCAUAAACAAAAUAAAAUAAUACUGAAUAUAAUAUUUACUACUUAAUUCAAAAUAAUUUAAUUUCUUUGUCAGUUAAAAAAAUAAAGUUGUAGCAUCAUCAUCAUCAUCAUCACAACGGACCGACAAUCAUCAAUCAAUCUCCCGUCCGUGUAAAAGCGCUUAAAAACUAAUUGCCGGAAUAGCACAAAUGCAAAAUUGAAAUUGUGAGGAAAAUUGUGAUUGUGGUAAAAAUAAAAAAUAAAAACUUAAUAAACAACAAGAACAAUAAAUAGUUAAUCAUUAAAUUAAUUGUUGAUAUUUAAAAAUAAAUUCUUUUAGUAUUUUUAAUUAUUUUGGACUUGUCUCACUGACUCUGAGUCAUUUGAGAAUUAAGUAUGUCGGAUACAUGUGGAAUAACAAAUAUAGAUGAUAACAGUUCUUUGUAUGAAAUUUUAAAAAAUUGUGCAGCCUUUCAGUCGUACGAUAGUUUGCCGAUCGAAGAUUUUAACGACGUUUGUUUUGGUACAGAUUACACUAGUAGUGGGAGUAUUUACCUUGAAAAUUAUCCUAAAAUGAUAUCAACAAAUCAAUAUUCGAUCAGUGGCAAUAUUUCAAAUAGCAGUUAUACUAGCGAGGACUCGUUGGGCGACAAUAUUUUGGAAGAGAAUGGAAGAAUAUCAUUGGCCUAUGAAAACUUGAGAACGAUACCCAGAAGAAUAGCCGAAAAAUUUGCAUUACAAACCAAGUUUUUAGAUUUGAGUUAUAACAAUUUUCACAAUAUAUCAUUUUUAUCGUUCUUUGAGGACUUGCACACUCUCAUAUUGGAUCGUAAUACAAAUUUGGAUGUUAACACUUUGCCAUUUUUGCAGAAUUUAAAAAUAUUAUGGAUUAAUAACUGUGAUAUUAAAAAUGUGGUUGAUUGGGUCCAGCGUAUACGAGUCCAAUGUCCCAGUCUAGAGUAUUUAUCAAUCAUGGGUAAUCCCGGUAUCAGAGAACCAUUCAAUUAUUGUUCUUUGAAUAUGUUCAGCACUUCGACAAACAUUGAUUCGUUGAUAAUGCCAACUAGUGUUGUGAUGGAUUACAGAGAAUACGUUUUACAAAUGCUGCCACAACUUCAAUUAUUGGACGGCGUACCACGUAACACCCUAUUAAGUGUUUUUCAAGGUUCUUGCAAUGGGCUGAUGUCAUUAACAUCCUCAUCAUCCGCAUCACCAUUGAACUCAAUGGGAAAUGGUUCUUCUUCUCAGGGACAGCAAUGUAAUGACAAUGGUAACGUUAAUCGAAAAAUUUCCCCUUCACUAAGCUUUAAAGAUAUGUUUCGAUUGAAACGACGAAAAAAAUCAUAUCCCAGUUCAUCUACAAAUUGAUCUCGUAGAAGAAGAACAUCAAUCAACAACAAAUGUAUGAGUGCAAUGGAAAAUUUUACGUUUUAAAGAUUAAUGACACAAUCAGAGCCAAUUUAUUAUCAUUGGAUGGAUGUGUUAAGUCGUACAUGGAAUGUACGAGGUUGUUUGUUUUAUAUUAAAAAAAAAAAAAAAACAAAACAAAAUGAAACAGAUCGACGACGACCAUUCAUACGAUACCUACUACUAGUAACAGUGUUACAUUAAACAUUAUAUUGUUAUUCUUAUUAUCAUUACAUAUUAUUAUUAUUAUUUUUAUUAAUUAAACAUUUAACCCAUUCUUAUCAUCAUCCAUACUUUUUUAUACUCUUAUUAUUUAGAACAUACUAUUUUAAAAGUUGGAACAUGAACAAUGUAUACUAGUAUAUAUGUAUGUAUGUAUGUAUGUAUGUAGUUGUGUAUUUAAACUUUAAAUUUUAAAGUGUAUGUGUUAUGAUUUAUGUAAUUUUGUAUUACUAGUUUAACAUACUUAAUUACAUGCUAAUAAAGUGUUUCAAAUUA